CCCCGAAUUCAGGCGAGCCAGUCAGGCCCCCAAGAAUUAUCAUCGGAUCACACCCUCUUCUCCAAUGCCGAUGGUAUGAAGGUAGCCAAGUCGUGCAGUCAAUGCCGCGUAGCCAAACGGAAGUGUACGCCAGAUCCUAUCCGCGAUGGUCGCUGUCUACAAUGUUCCACCAGACAUCAAUCUUGCUCAUGGUCUGCCACUCGAAACACGAAACCUCUGUUGCUUCCUGUUGAUUCUCCAUCCCCUAAUCCCCUAGUGCGGGUAGUGACGAUAGAAGAUGACGUUCGCGACGAGCUCGUGGAUUUGUAUCUGAAGCUCAUACACGAUAAGCCUCACACGCUUUUCCAUCCGUCACAUCUAAAAUCCCGGAUACGCAAUGGGUCUUUAGCGAAAGGAACCCUCUAUAGUAUCUUGGCGCUGGCAGCUCGAUUCUCCACGGCCCAAGGGACAAGGGAACGGACCAAGCAUCUCUUCUUCCAGUCAGCCAAAGACCGUGUGAAAAUGUCAGUUGACGAUAUCUCUCUAGAUACUAUCCAUGCCACCAUCCUCAUAGGGAAUAUCUGUGGAUCCGAGGGUGAUUCCAGUGGUGAGGCGUUAUAUUUCGGGAUCGCAUUUAGAAUGGCACAGAUUCUUCGUCUUCCUGAGCCGUCGCUAGACGACGAUGAAGUUAUGAGAGAAAGCAGACUUCGUACUUGGUGGUCACUAUACAUGAUCGACCAAUGGUCCUCAGCUGGUUUAAAUAUCCCCCGUCAGAUCCAAGACAGUAACCAAUUUCAAUUGCCCAUGUCUGAGUUGGACUUUCAUAGCCUGGCUCCUGGACAGCCGGUUGACAAUGUGUCACAGAUCACCAGGCCUGGUCUCUGGGGUUAUAUGAUUAUUCUGGUACGAGUGUUCGGUCAGAUACAACAUCUGCAUCUGCAGCUCGCCGAUGGCACGUUGGGCAAUUCUGGUAUAGAGACUUCUACUCGUCAGUUAGCCUCUAAGUUUGAGACCUUUAUUCAAAGCCUACCCUCCGGGCUCCAGCUCACCACGGAAAACAUGGAAACGCAUGCUAGGCUCGGUAUCGGGCAAGCCUUUAUUGCUCUCCACCUGGGUUAUCACCACUAUGCUACCCUCUUGUAUUUCCCGUAUCUCGGCUCUCAGUUGACUCAUAUCCUUGAUCGGAAGCUCUUUGCCACACGAUGCAAGUACCACGCGGCGGCCUUCAGCGACCUCUUGAGGUCGUCCAAUGAAACAAAGGGAUGCGAAGCUGUAUACUUCAUCGUCGCUCAUAUGACAGUGAUAUCAUCUUCCGCGCUUCUUCAUACACUACUCUUCGGCCAAGAGGAUGAGUUAUUUGACACCAAAAGGAGGUUAUAUUACAACUUUCAGAUUUUACUGCGACUAAAGGCCUAUUGGAGAGGCGUGGGCAUGAUGGUGAGUCUCCAGCAUAAGUCAGCCGUAUUUCGUCAAGCAGCUCUCUAA